AUGCCACAACCACGCACCGCCCCAGCCCUGCCCAAAAGCUACAAUGACAUCUCCUGGAAGGAGAUCAAGACGGAGCACUACGCAGAAGACCCGAGCAUCAUCAUCCUCACGCUCUGGCGACCAAAGAACCACAAUGCCUUCACCGGCAUCAUGAUGCUCGAGCUUGAGGAAGCAUACGCAAUGUUCGACAUCGACGAUAGGGUAAAAUGCAUUGUCUUCACUGCAACAGGGAAGAUUUUCUGCGCGGGCGCAGAUCUGGAUGUUGGAUUUGUCGGCGGCCAGGAACCGGUUAAUGAGCAUAGGGAUGGUGGUGGACGUGUAACCCUCGCCAUCCACAACUGCCGCAAACCCACCAUCGGCGCCCUGAACGGUAGCGCGGUGGGCGUCGGCAUCACCAUGACCUUGCCCAUGAACAUCCGCAUCGCGCCCAAAGCCGCCAAAAUUGGCUUCGUCUUUGCGCGCCGGGGCCUCGUCAUGGAGGCGUGCAGCUCUUUCUUCUUGCCCCGGCUCAUCGGGCACUCGCGCGCAAUGGCGGCGGUUACGACAGGGUCUACGUAUCCCGCGAGCGACCCGAUUUGGUCGGGCCUGUUUGCGUAUACGGUGGAUAGGCCGGAGGACGUGUUUCCCAAAGCGAUUGAAGUGGCGAACGAGGUGGUGAAGAAUACAAGCGUGGUGUCUACUUAUUUGAUGAAGGAGUUGAUGUUUAGAGAUACGGGAAGUGCAGAGGGACAGCAUUUGCUGGAUUCGAGAAUCCUCUACGAGUUGUUCACGUCUGCUGACAACAAAGAGGGCGUGCAGAGUUUCCUGCAAAAGCGGCCUGCGGAGUUUACCGGGACGAUGGACAACACACAUGUCGCAGCGUACCCGUGGUGGAACCCCAUUGACGUGGUGCGGAGGCCGAAAGUUGAAGGGGCAAAGGCGAGGCUGUGA